AUGAUCUAAAAAUGUGUAGACCUUAAGAAAUAUUAAUAAAAAAAAUUUGAAGUCCUCUUAGAUGCAGCCGCUUGGAAGGGAAACUUACUUCAGACUAUAUUUAAAUGAGGUUGUAGCAGUUCAAAGAGAUUCCCCCAGUGCAAUCAAUGCUAUCAACAGCAAUAUGGGCGCCCAUCAUUUAGCUCCGGCAAGGGAAAACGUGCUCAAAAUGGCGCAACCAUAAGCCGGAGCGAGAUAGCAUGCUGUGCGUCAAGCAGCGACCAAUGAGAGCUCUGUAGCUGGAAGAGCACAAACUGGAAGUGGAAUGAGCGGAGAAGCAGGUCGUGCAGCUACCUGAUACGACGACGGAGACUGAAAAGUGAACUGACUGGAUUCUGUUGGAAUUGAGUUUCGAGCGCACAAUUUUCAGAGCGCAACAGUUUCAAUCUGAACGGCGUGGAGAGCAGUUCGUUAGUGAGCGAAAAGAAACGCAUUUUAUCGAGAUUUCGAAUUGAAUAAUAGAAAAAGGCGAUCACAGUGAUCAAUAGACUUGACAUAAAUAUUAUUAAGUGUCAAAUAUUGUGGUUGAAAUUAAAACUAUGUUGGCAUUGCCAAACAUUGCAGACAUGCGCAUGCAGCAGCAGAUUGCGCAUGAGCUUUAUCGCCAGCAAAUUAUGCAACGCCUGCCAGAUCCACUGUGCGGCCUGUUGCCCAAUUUCGGGACACAUUUCGUGGCACCAACAAUGGCGCAGCCUUCGCUGCCAGGCGUAGAAGCCAAGCUUGAGAACAACGAACUCUGGCAGCAAUUCCAUCACAUUGGCACCGAAAUGAUCAUCACGAAGAGUGGAAGACGUAUGUUUCCCUCGAUGCGCGUCUCGCUGAGCGGGCUGGAGGAGGAGGCCAACUAUUGCGUGCUGCUGGAAAUGGUGCCCAUCGGGGACUGUCGCUACAAGUUCUCCGGCUCCCAAUGGGUGCCAGCUGGCGGUGCCGAGCCACAGAGUCCGCAGCGCAUGUUUCUGCAUCCGGAUAGCCCCGCAACUGGCAAGCAUUGGCAAUCGCAGGCCUUGCUAUUCAGCAAAGUCAAGCUAACCAACAACACGCUGGACAACAAUGGACAUAUUGUCUUGGCCAGCAUGCACAAGUAUCAGCCACGAUUGCAUGUGAUUCGUACAUCCGAUCUGACCCAAAUACCCUGGGCCCCACAGCAGGCCUACGUCUUCCCCGAAACGGAGUUUAUAGCUGUGACAGCGUAUCAGAACGACCGCAUUACAAAGCUCAAAAUCGACAACAAUCCCUUUGCUAAGGGCUUCCGGGAGACGGGCCAAUCACGUUGCAAGCGCAAGCUUAACGAUUCCUCUGCGCCUGCGCAUGCAGACGUAGCGGGAGCUGUUAACGAUAUGGAGCUCACCGUCUCGCCGUCGGCUAAACGCUUGCGUCUUACCGAAGAGCUGUCCCUGCUGCCCCAACAGCAAGCAACAGCAAGUGGGCUGCUAGUGCCGCGCCAUUAUCUGCUGGACACUCUGGAGGCCAAUUUCUAUCUGUCAGCGCCACCGCCGCCCCUGCCAUGCAUUGAUUAUGCCAGACACAUCGCCAGCUAUCCAAGUUGGGCCUAUUCACCAUCGCCUGAUUCGUCGUGUGCCUCCUCCUCCUCCUCGUCUGGUUGCGAUUCGGCCGCCGAGCCAGAGACAGAGACCGAUACCUUUGUGGACGUAGUGGGCACCACGACAAGCGCACCUGAGCCCGACCUGGAAUCCGAAUCGAUUAGCCGUAUCGCUGGUAUGGCCAACGCUGCCGUUGCCGCCGCCGCCGCCGCUGCUGCUGCUGCUGCGGUGCCAAAGCCCAAACGGAGCAGCUUCAGCAUCUUGGACAUAUUAGGAGUGAGCGUCUCGUCUUAGCUGUUGUGCUGCACUGUGCUGUGGAGCUGAAGUUGCUGUUGCUCCCAUUUCAGUUGUUCAGCGGCUUAGUUGUUGCUCCUAGGUGCCUUAUACAUUUAAUUAGCGUUUAGUUGCGUAGUCUGUAGGUUGUAUUGUGAUAUUUUGCAGUUAAUUAAGAUUUCCAGGUA